UCAGUAAUUACGGGGCACAUCCAUGGGCAGCGGCCCUAGCCUAGCAGUUUUUCAUGCAUUGGAAUUUGGAACUUCCAAAGUCCAAACUGGUAGCUAACUCACACACCCAACUUGCGCCUUGGCGGUCAUGCAAAUCUCUCCUAUCACCAGAAAGAGUUGGCAUGCUUCGACUCACCACGCACAGCCAGCAGGGGAUGCCCAUCCAAUAAGCCACAACACAGUUCAAUUGCUCAAAGCAAGUUAAUAACCGAACACGGAAACCCCUAUAUAUAAUCCUAUAGGCGAGACCCAAAACUACCGCAUUCUAUCUUUUUCUUUCAUUGCAUGAACUAUAUACACACUUCCACCGGUGUCCAUACAAGCUCGUGGGUGAGAGAACUUCCAUUUUUCAUGCGCCCAUCUGUGUCGUUCUUGUAAGCUUUUGCUUUCUAUUUUUCUUUGCGGCUUAUAGAGAAAGAGUCAUGAAAAGACAAAAUGUGGUGUCAUGGGGUCUCGUCCUUCUGGCGUUUGGGCUCUGUAGUUUUAUCCUUCUUCAAGCCAAGGAAGAAGCGAGGUCACUCAAUGUGGAGCGUCAUAUGGGCGAUGAAAAUAAACAAAUGCAUGGUGUCAAGGGCCUAAAGGCUGGCUAUGGAACAUUUGCUGGUGGUUACGAAGUAGGGUCAGGUGGUGGUUUUGGCUAUGGCUCGGGUGGUGGUGGGGCCGGAUGGCCUGGUCUCGGAGGAGGUUACGGGAAAGGUGGUGGAAUAGGCAUUGGGGAUGGUGGGUAUGGGUCAGGUGGGGGUAAUGGCGGUGGCUUUGGUCAAGGUGGGGGCUAUGGCAAUGGCAUGGGGCAAGGUGGUGGUUACGGUACAGGUGGUGGUAUUGGUGGGGGGUUUGGUGGUGGAGGUGGAGGAGGUGGAUUUGGCUCAGGCACAGGAUAUGGUAGUGGUGGCACAGGCGGGGGUGGGGGUGGGGGUGGAAGCGGAGGUGGAGGUGGAGGCAGUGGCGGUUACAAGGCCUACGGUUCUGAUUAUGGAUCAAAACACAGGUCUUGACAGGAUAGGAUGGAAAUUCCUACAUUUUACCAUCUUGACCUACCGUCAAUAAGGAUAAAAUUUCUCCAGUUAAGCAUUCUCUAUGGUUAGUUUGUCAGAAACUCUAGAAGGUUUAGCUGUAUCCUCUUAAUAAAUAUUUAAAUAAUCGGUUACACUAACAGAGAAUGUUUGGUA